AUGUCCAACGACAUCCGGAUACGACAGGCCACAUCACUCGACCUCGACACCAUCUCCCACAUUGCAGUAGAUGCCCACCGCAACGACCAGGAAUACACCCAUCUCUUCCCCCAACGCGAGGAGUAUGUCGAGGCCUAUCAGAAGGAUUUUCGCACCCACGUCAAGCACCACAGCAUUCUCCCGAAUUGCUUCGUGAUGGUCGCAGAAGUGGCCCCGUGCAAACAAUUAGCCGGGUAG